CGGAGGGAGGCAGCGAGCCCAGGCAGCAAGCCGAGCCGAGCCGGGGAGAAGUGCGGAUUUAGGGGGCACUCUGAAGAAACGAAGACUGAAAUGAAGACGGAGCUCCUGUGCGUGCUGCUGCUUUGCGGAGCGGUCUUCCCUUCGCCCGGCCAGGAUGUCCGUGCCCGGUUCAGAAGAGGAGCCAGGUCUUCCCAAGCAACCUGCAGAGACGAGAAGACACAGAUGACGUACCAGCAGCGGGAGUCGUGGCUGCGGCCUGUGCUCAGAAGCAGCCGGGUGGAGUACUGCAGGUGCAGCGGCAGCAGGGCGCAGUGCCACUCGGUGCCCGUCAAGAGCUGCAGCGAGCCCAAGUGCUUCAGCGGGGGCACGUGUCUGCAGGCUCUGUACUUCUCGGAUUUUGUCUGCCAGUGCCCCGAAGGAUUCGCUGGGAAACGCUGUGAAGUCGACGCCAGGGCCACGUGCUACAAGGACCAGGGUGCCACCUACAGGGGCACGUGGAGCACGGCAGAAAGCGGAGCGGAGUGUGUCAACUGGAACAGCAGCGCGCUGGCCCGGAAGCCCUACAACGGGCGGAGGCCGGACGCCAUCAGGCUGGGCCUCGGGAACCACAACUACUGCAGAAACCCGGACCAGGACUCGAAGCCCUGGUGCUAUGUCUUCAAGGCAGGGAAGUACAGCUCGGAGUUCUGCAGCACACCCGCCUGCUCCCAGCGAGGAAAUGGGGACUGCUACUUCGGAAAAGGGUUAGCGUACCGUGGCAGCCACAGCCUCACCACGUCUGGGGCCUCCUGCCUCCCGUGGAAUUCCGUGAGCCUGGUGGGCAAGGUCUACACGGCGUGGAAGAGGAGCGCCCAGGCCCUGGGCCUGGGCCAACAUAACCACUGCCGGAACCCAGAUGGGGACGUCAAGCCCUGGUGCCACGUGAUGAAGGACGGCAAGCUGACGUGGGAAUACUGCGACAUGCCCCAGUGCUCCACCUGCGGCCUGCGGGAGCACAAGCAGCCCCAGUUUCGCAUCAAGGGAGGACUCUUCGCAGACAUCACCUCGCACCCUUGGCAGGCCGCCAUCUUUGUCCGGAACAGGAGGUCUCCGGGGGACAGGUUCCUGUGCGGGGGGGUCUUGAUCGACUCCUGCUGGGUCCUGUCUGCGGCCCACUGCUUCCAGGAGAGGUUUCCUCCCCACCACCUCACGGUGAUCCUGGGCAGAACGUACCGCCUGGUCCCUGGAGGGGAGGAGCAGAAAUUUGAAGUAGAAAAAUACAUCGUCCACAAGGAAUUUGAUGAUGACACUUACGACAAUGACAUCGCCCUGCUGCAGCUGAAAUCAGACUCGCCGCGCUGUGCCCAGGAGAGCAGCUCCGUCCGCACCGCGUGUCUCCCAGCAGCCGACCUGCAGCUGCCCGACUGGACGGAGUGCGAGCUGUCCGGCUACGGCAAGCACGAGGCGUCUUCUCUUUCCUAUUCGGAGCGGCUGAAGGAGGCUCAUGUCAGGCUGUACCCGUCCAGCCGCUGCACGUCGCAGCAUUUGUUCAACAGAACCGUCACCAGCAACAUGCUGUGUGCGGGAGACACUCGGAGCGGAGGGAACCAAGACAACCUGCAUGACGCCUGCCAGGGUGACUCUGGGGGUCCCUUGGUGUGUUUGAAGGACAACCGCAUGACGCUGGUGGGCAUCAUCAGCUGGGGCCUUGGCUGUGGGCAGAAGGACGUCCCGGGGGUAUACACCAAGGUCACGAGCUACCUAGACUGGAUCCGAGACAACAUGCGACCAUGACCAAGAACACCAGCUCCCUGAAAUCACACGAGGUCCUGCCUUCUUCCUCCUGAGAAGACGCUGCAGAGAAGGUGUGCUUCUCCACACGGACUUCUCCACAAAUCACCCCGCAGUGCAAGGGGGAGGGAACCCGUAGAAGGAGAGGGGAGAGUGUAUGUUUUCACAGGUGCUUCCCGUUUUGGAAGUUUUCAGGGGUUAAGGUCUGAUUUCAGAAUGUGUUCUGUCAGAUGGGAAGACAGAUACGUAAAUGCCAACCCCGCCAGGAAUGCCACCAUCUAGAGCAGAAAAUGGGUGAGCCAACCUGUGUUCAGCCAAAAGCCCAACCUCUUGAUCUGUCGCCGUGAGCAGCUUUGGAAAUGGGACCCCAAAAAUAGAAGCAUGUUUCAGUAGUAAAAAACCAAUAAUAACAAUAACUAGAUCCUUCAGGAAAGACUUGCGUUAGAAACAGAUGUGUAUUUAUAGUCACAAGAGCCCGGCAGGACCUCCAGAGGAAGUGGGCUGGCCAAGCAGGUCCUCGCUCUCAAAACCACCCUUCAAACCAAGUCUCCUUCCCCCUCUCCCCACAGCCCCCGGAAGCUCUUCCCUGUGUACAGUGUAAAUCUUUGUCCUCGCAAGCUUUACAGUAGAAUGGAGAAUUGUACCAUUUUAAUAACUAGGCCUUAGCAUAUUUAUAGCAAUCCAUUUUAGUUUUUACUCACCAUAACCCUGUAUUAUACUGUA